AUGGAAACUAAAGAAUUAAAACAAAUGAACUAAUAGUGGUUUUAAUAAAUGGUGUAUUGAUUUUAUAAGUGUGCUGGCAUUUGAACAAAUGAACAAAUGAACUAAUGAAUGGUGUAUUGAGGUUUAUUAGAGUGCUGGAUGCAAAUAAGAAACUUUAGGAAAAUAUAGGUUUACAAUACUUAAAGAAUUUUUUGUGGUAAUGGAAGUGGAAAAAAGUGGUAAUGUGGUUCCACAGCUGAAGAAAUCUGGAGAUUUUUUUAUAGAUAAAACUAAUAAAGAAGAGCAAAUGUACCAGCAAGCUACAAUUGAGUCGGCUCUACCUGUAAAGGACCAACCAGUACUAAGCACAAAUUUUAAAGAAAAGAGAGAAGUGGUAGAAGAAAAAGAGCUAAAUAAUGUUUGUGAAAGUUUUCAACAACUUGAACUUCCUAACAAUGAAACUUCACUACAUACAAUGGUGCAGCAAAAAAACUUAUCAUCCUGUAUAGAAUUGAUUUAUAAUGGUGCUGAUAUUAAUGCCAAAGAUCAAAAUGGUGUAACUCCAUUACAUCUUGCUGUGUUGAAUGAUGAUUUAGACAUUUUAAGAUCUUUGCUUUUUCUUGGUGCUGAUGUUAGCAUUAAAGACAAUAAUGGAAAAACUGCAAUGGACUACAUUGACCAAAAUGAAAAAUACUCCAAUGACAUUAAAGAAAUUUUCUCUCUCUUUGAAAUUGACAAAGAUAAAGUUAUAGAAAUUAAGAAACCCCAAUCAUCAAUAACUUCAUCGCACACACAAUCUAUUUUGAAAAUGAAGACAAAGAAAGAAGCUGUUCUUUCAUUAGAUGGUGGUGGAAUGCGUGGACUAAUUUUAAUAGAAAUAUUGUUGACACUUGAAGCAUUAACUGGAUGCCAAAUAAAUGACCUAUUUGAUUGGAUCAGUGGAACUAGUACUGGCUCCAUUUUAGCACUGUCAAUAGCAAAUGGUAAAAGUCUUCGCUAUGUGCAACAGGCAUACUUACGUCUUGGUCACAAAUGUUUCGUUGGAAGUAAGCCUUACUCAACUGAACUAAUGGAUUCAUUUCUGAAGAGUGAAUUUGGUGAGGAUAAAAAAAUGAAUGAAGUGAAAUAUCCAAAGUUAAUUAUACCAGCAGUGCUAACAGAUAGAAAACCAGCUAUGCUACAUAUUUUUCGAAACUACGAUGCUCCAUAUGAAGACAAUUAUCAAAUUAAAGAUGAUAAAAUUCAACAACCUUCAUUACCUUCUGACCAAACGAUGUGGUCAUCAGUAAGAAAUUCUUGUUCAGCACCAGUAUAUUUUCGACCAAAUGAUCGUUACAUAGAUGGAGGGUUUAUAGCCAAUAAUCCAACACUUGAUACAAUUUCUGAAAUAUACAAGUAUAAAAAGUACCUUGGCAACAAAAGUGAAAAACAAGCUGCUAAUAUAAGGGUUAUUGUUUCUUUAGGAACUGGUCAAUAUACAUUGGAGCCAGCUAAGCCUAUAGAUGUACACUUCCCUUCAACUAUAUGGGAAACGCCAGAAGUUGUAGGAUCAUUAAAAGAUUUAGUUUAUCUAAUACUUGAGCAGGUGAAUGGAAGAGAUUACCAUGUUGUCGAUCGCGCUCAAAGCUGGUGUGAAAUGACAGGAAUAAAUUAUUUUCGUUUUAACCCACUUCUUUCAAACGUCAUCAGUUUAAAUGAAAUUGACGAUCGAAUUCUAUUAGGCAUGGUUUGUGAUACUAGAAAAAUGAUUGCCAGUAGGUUGGAUGAACUCUGUAAAGUUGCAAAUCUUUUAUUGGGAAACGAAUAGUUUUUAUUUUUUUAAUUAUUUAUUAAUAUUAAUAUUUUUAAUGACUAUUUAAAACUUCUAUUUUGUAGCAACUUGUUUAUUCUCUAGUUUGCUUUUUUUUUAUUUAGUUUUUAUAUAUUUAAAAACAUACAUCUGCUACGAUUUUAUUUUAAAUUUGGUUAUUUUCAACAUUUUUUGUUAUUAGUUGUUUUUAUGUUUUACCGCUGUUUUUGUUUGAUAUAUUUCAUUUUAAUUGUUCUAGUAGUUUUAUAUGACAUUGUUCAAUUUUCGCCCGAAUUUGCGAUAUAUUUGCUUUAUUCGAUUUAUUUACUUCGUUUUUAAUUUUUUCGUUUUUCAAAAAAUCUUUUCUAAUUUUACAGUAACGCUUAAUUUGAAUAUUACCUAAAAGGUAUUUUUUUAUUUUUUUUAUUCUUUAUGUUUUAGUAAUUUCGUUUGACUUUUUUCUUUAUUCAGUUCAUAUAUACUUUAUUUGCUUAUAAUUUAAAUUUAUUUUGCACUUUUUUUUACAUUUGAUUAUCUAUCAAUAAAGUCAAUUAUUUUUUCCGCAA